UGCAAGGCCGACCGUGCAGCUUUCUUCGAGAAUGUCGCUCAGGACAUAGCCAGCAGGCCGGCAGGGGAGCUGCAUGUGGCGGUUAAGCGGGUUAUGCGACCCAAGCGCUUCCGCAAGGCCUCUGCUGACCCUUUGCCCCUCUUGAUCGAUCAUACCGGUGCUGUGUGCCAGUCAGAAGCCGCAUCUCGGGACGCAUGGCGGAGGCACUUUAGUGCGCUUGAAGAUGGGGUCACUGUGUCAGCUGCGGAACUGGGACUCUUUGACGGCACUGACCAGGUUGAUAUUCAUCAUGUGCCGACGAUUAUCGACCUCGAGGCCGCCUUUCGAGCAACCUCCCCUGACAAGGCGUGCGGACCGGACAUGCUACCGCCGGCUCUUUGCCACUACUUUGGGGCCGACCUUGCCCAGCUCUUUUGGCCCAUGGUCCUCAAGACCGUCUUUAGGUCCGCGGAAGCUGCCCUUCAUCGCACCAUGCGCUCCCUGGCGAUAGACCACUGGAAUCGCUGGGCUCUCCCGAUGCAGAUAGGAGGCAAGCGUGGAUGCUCGGCCCACUUUGGACAUUUCGCCUCGCGGGCAUUUAUGCAUGUCGCGCGCUCGCGCGCAUGUUCGGCUGGGGUUCUCUUUGUAGACCUUGCGGCGGCAUAUUAUAGCGUCGUCAGAGAGACCAUUACGGGCGACCAGCUCGGCGAACGCAGCAUCUCCGAGAUUGCCGCCACGUUACAUCUUUCCCCCGAGGACCUGCAACUCCUCAGCCGCCAUGUUGCGGAGGACCCAGUGUUGUGCGAGCAGCAUGCAGCCACGCUACUUACUGAGGUCGCAAGCGAAAUGCACAGUCAUACGUGGUUUGUGCUUGCAGGGGACGCAUCUCUUGUCAGGACACAUAGGGGCACGCGGCCGGGCGGGGCCCUGGCAGAUGUUAUUUUUAACAUCCUGUUUGGACGAGUUCUGCAGCGCAGAGACUCUGACGAACUCCAAGGCACUGGAUUGUCCCUGCCAUGGGAUGCCGUUCGUAAUCCCUUUGCCAUUGCUGAUGCGUCGUCGCCCCGAAUCACAGUACAAGAUGUCGUGUUUGCCGAUGACUUAGCCUCUUUUGUGAUUUCCCCCGGCGCUGCUGGCAUUCGAGCGGCACUCAGCAAU